ACGGGACGUUACCUGUACCGCUCACCGCUCCAAACAGCGCUCGGAGGACCAGGUGAGCCACCACAGACUCGGAUCGGCUGGGGAGCCGGACGGUCUGACUGGACCUCUGCGCAUCUGGAACCGACACACACAGCUGGUUGAUGAGGAGAGCUGGAGGUCACGCAGAUACAACCGCCAACAGAAAAGUGAGACGAAGCUGCUAGCUGACAGGUAGCUGCUACAACAGGUGGUGCCAGGUAACGUGAAAACACUGGAGUCUGCGCAGGAGCGAAGAAAGGGAGAAGGCACCUGAUGAAAACCGACAUCACAAUCCAGGUGGGAGGAGGCGGAGUCGGACACACCGCCAGAGGAGUCCUGAACAGGUCAGCAGGAUGCUCUCGCCUCAGCAGCUGGAGGAAGGUCAAAGGUCACCUGAGAGAGGGGGGGUGGAGCCUCAUGGCAUUUGUCUCCGGGCUGGUGUUGGCGUCUCUGUAUGGAGUCACGGCUCUGUUCCUGCAGAAGCAGCCCCUGUGGUUCUGUGUUCACAGCACGCUGGCCGUGGCCUUCCUGGCGGCGUUCGGUAUGGGACUGUCGGCCGGAGUCCGGGCCGACGUGGCGGUGAUGCUGCCCUCGCUCUGCUCAGGCCACGGCAGGAGCUUCCUCCUCUUCCUGUUUGUCUCGGUGUUGUUGUCCGGUCCGCUCACCAACACACUAGAAAACACGGAGCGAGCUGCUGCCAGUCUCCUGUGUGGAGCCGAGCUGGCAGCCAAUCGGACGCAAGAACUGACGCAGAGAGCAGCCGCGCCCCUCUUCUCUGUGUUGGACAGAAUCAGAGAGAUCAGCAGUAACGCUUAUUCUGUCGCAGGAAGAGUCCAGAACUUCAUCCACGCUCUGACUGACGGCGUCCGACAUGUCGCUCGCACUCUGAGGAACGUCCUCCACUUCCUGGUGGACAUUGGGGACGUCUGUAACGCCAAACUUGGCUCUCCGUACAGGAAGUGCCGGGCGGUGUUUGCCGAGGCUCGGGCCGACUGCACCGACCUGCUGGGAGACUUCGGCUUCCUGUGUGACAUCGUUGACAGCUUCCUGCCGCUCUGCAACCUCGCUCGCGCUGCCGAGCUCUUCUGCACCAUCCCGUCCUACGUCGCCAACCAUCUGAAAAACCGUCUGGCAGCUCCCACCGUCGCAGCGUUUGAGAAAAUGAAGCGCGAGUUUGAAUUCAACAUCUCGGCCUCGGUGACCUUUGACCUGGACGCCGACAGCAGCCGCUCUCUGCAGCAGGUGUCUCAGGACAUCAUGGAGGAGGUUUCAUCAGACCUGCAGGUGUUUCAGAAACUCAGCGGACCGUUGAAGUACGGCGGCCUCGUCCUGCUCGCCUGCUCCUUCCUGAGGUCAGCGGAUCCAGAGUAACUGAGUUGAUCAGAUAGUUUUGUUUUCUAAAGGUGUGAUGAGCAGUGCAGAGUCACGGGCGCCACCGUGGUUGCCCACUCUUACUGUUGUCGACUUCUCUUGUCGUCGUACCUGUCGAGCAGAGAGCGGCGAGCGGUGUUGGUGGGCAUGGUCUCGGUCCUCAGGCACCUGGUGAUGGGGAGCCUGCUGGUGGCGCUGGACUUCCUGGUGUUCUGGAUGCUGGAUCAGGUGCAUCACCAGGUGAAGGGGGACGUGGUGGCCCGAGCUCCCGUCACCGUGGCGCUGCAGGUGAACGGAUCAGGUUUCGCAUCAGACAUCUUCAGAGACCUGGUGGCUUCGUUUAACGUCCUACAGGGAGGGAACGUCACAGUGAUCAGCAAGAAGUGUCUGUUGGAGCCGUCAGAGCCAAACUACAACACGUCCUUCGUCCUAGGGUUCCUUUUGGGUCUGGCCCUGCUGGUCUCUCUGACCGGAGGAUUUGUCCAACGCUGCAGACGAUUCGUCUGUGCUUCAUAUCAUCCAGAGAGAGAGCUGGAGAGGAUCCAGUUCCUCCGUCAGCAGAUCCUGGAUCAGAGGAGGACGGAGGGGGAAGCCCUGAGGAGGUCUGCAGUCAGGAGGCGAGCUGACCGAGGAGCAGGAGGAGGGAGUCACCUUCAAACACUCCUACUGCGGUUACCUGGAGGAGUUCACCUGUCUCACCUGCUGGGUCUGUCAGCAUCAGUCACCUGUCUGACCUGUGGAGAGGUGGUGAGGUCAGAGGAGGUCACCUGCGAAGUCCCACAGUGUACAGGCCUGUACUGUCGGCCAUGUUUCCACAGCUUGGGAAACACGUGUGUCGUCUGCAUGCAACCUCUGACCUUCCAGGAAGACAGCGAGGAGGAGCUAGACUCCAGCGAUGACGAACAGCUGAGUUUGUGGUCUGCAGCUCCGAACUCGACUCGCAUCAGCGACCCGGAGGCCAGGAGACUGAUGAAGAGGAGGAUCACCACAGCGACACGCCGAAGACCAACUGAGCGCUCAAACAGUCGAGUCAGAGUGAGUGCCGGAGACGAUGGAGGGGAGAACGUUCACGCUGACUCUGAGCUCAGUGAAGCAGACAUGACGUACCAGGACCGACCCGAGUCAGACGAGUCCGACAGCGAUGCCUCCUUCCACUCCACCUCCUCACCAAAAACCAGCGGACGCCAGGACGAAAGCCUCGUCAAAGUCCUCGUACACAGACCAGACCGGCCCCAGAUCCUCCAGGAUCCUCCAGGACCCUCUAGGACCCAGUGCCCGGGAUCCUGAAGCAGAGUUGUCUGAUGUUUUCAGCAGGGGUUUCACCUUGUGAUUAAAGUUGUUGCAUGAA